AUGAACGUGGAAUGGGGCAUAGAGAAUUUUGAUAUUGUGUGUGGCUUUUCCAGUGAGCCUCCAGGUUGGAGAGAUCAGGUAGAACUGAUCUCCAGACUGUCCCGGAAAUUGGAGGUGCUCGAAGAGGAGAAACGCGCCAUCAACGACGAGAUCCGCUCAAACGAGGUUCUCGGCUCGCAGAUCAAGCGGACGGUUGAGAAUUCUGUGGCCAGCAUCAGGCACAAGGAGAAGUUUUUCACUCACGUUGAAAAUGUUGAGAAGAUCACUGCUUUGCUGUUGCGGCUUUCGCACCAGCUGAACCGAGUGCAGAGUGAGCUUUCGAAUGCGGAUACUCGCGACUACGCGGCUGAUCAAAAGCAGGCUUAUCUCCAAGAACGGUUUCGACAGUUGCUGUGCCAAUUGCAAGACGCCAGAGAAAUCAAGAAAAUGCUCGACGUCAGAAGUUACCAAGUCAUCGAUAUUCUGCAUAGCGUCAUGACCGAAAACCAGCUUGCCGACUACCAGUACUUUAUUCAAAUGAAGAGCAAGUUGCUGAUCGACGGCGACGAGAUCGAAAACAAGAUCAAGCUUGGCAAAAGUCAACGAGAAGCUUUGAAACGCAGCUUAUAG